GUUAGUCCUUUUCAUUGGGCAACUUUUCUUUUUUGUAAACCAACAAAAUUUCGUAAAGGUUAACGCUCAGCUUGCAAAAUGGAUAAAUCUUUAAGCGAUAAAUUCACAAAUUGCGUCAACGAUCUUCUGGAUUAUAUUUCAAUUUUUUCAAUAACCAAACCUGAUGACACGGUACAUACUUUGGAAACAACACGAAUGGAGUUGGACUCUGCAUGGGACCAGGUCAAGAGAGCCUACAUAGACUGUCGGGAUUAUGUUCCAGAAGAGGAAGGAAAGCCGAUCGAUAAAAAUAAACUGAGAAAGCACUAUAUGGAUACCAUGGGAUCGUACAAAAAAGCGCUGAGUUCAAUAAAUGGACAAAUUCAAAAUAUUUUGGAUGAAAAGACACAGGAAAAAAUGAAAAGAGAGUCAGAGAUGUCACAACAAGGAAGGGAAGUGGAUUUCACAAACGUAUCGCGGCUACCUCCAUGCGAUACAGACACAUUUAAAGGUGGUUACAGAGAAUGGCCGACUUUCAGAGAUCUAUUUUCGGCAAUUUACAUAAACAACUCAAAAUUAAGUAAUGUCGAAAAAUUAUUCCAUUUGACGCAAAAGACAGCAGGAGAAGCAAGGGAAAUUAUUUCACAUGUCCCACUAACUAAUGAUGGAUUUACAUUAGCAUGGAAAAAUCUCACAGAUCGUUACGAGAAUAAAAGAAUGCAAAUUAAUGAAGAAAUCAAGACACUUUUCAAUCUACCUGGAGUUUCUGCUGAAUCAAGUCACUCUAUUCAAAAACUACAACGCACGGUAAAUAGCAGCAUUCAGACACUGGGGAUACUUGAUGUCGAUGUUAAAGGAUGGGAUCCGAUCUUAAUAUACAUUUGUUCAACAAAAUUACCUAGAGGCUUUUUAGAAGAAUUCGAGAACUCAUUAAGCGAUUGUAAACAAAUUCCAAAAUGGGAACAGUUUGACGCUUUCUUAACAAACAAAUUCAAAACUUUGGAAUCAGUUGGAAAUAUAAAGCCCUCUACAUCGAAAUUUGCUCAACAAAAACCAACUAACAAUCACACGCCUAGAUUUUUGAAAACAUUUCAAACAAAUGUCUCAAAAAAUACAAACAACUUUGGAGGAAGACCUACUAAUGUAAUAUUACCUCAACAAAAUAAGCCGAAAAAUACUCAAACUUGUCAAGUCUGCAAAUCAAAUCAUUUCAUAAGAGAUUGCAGCGAAUUUUUGAAAAAGAGUGUGAAUGACAGAAUUCACAUCGUGAAAACUUCACACUUAUGCUACAAUUGCUUGUCAUCAAAUCACGGAGUAAAGGAUUGCAAAAGUCGCUUUGGUUGCCGUAUUUGUACUAUGAAACACAAUACUUUGUUACACAAGGGAACGGAAACCCAAACAACUAACUCAUACCUAGCUCGAGUGGAAGCACGACCUAGUACUAGUGCUGCCGCUCUUACAAAUCAAAUACAGUCCACUACAAACCUAGAACCAACUACUAUUACUACUUUGACCCUCCAAGAUAAGCAAAUUUGUGAGCGACAAUCUGGAGGAACGCUACUUUUCACAGCAAUAGUACAAAUUGAAACCAAAGGACAACUUUACGAUGCCCGAGCUCUAAUAGACUCAGGAUCACAAUCCACCUUUAUUUCGGAAAAGAUGAAAAACUUUUUGAAGUUACCUACACGGAACAACUUAGUUCAUGUCACUGGCUUAAGUCAAUUUGUUUCUGAAACUUCAACAAAAUCUUGCUUGUUUACUAUGAGAUCCAAAUAUGACCCUAGCUUUAAACUGGAAGUUUGGGCUCCAGUUUUAAAGAACUUACCUUCAAAUCUACCACCACAAAACUUAGAUGAAUCACAACUUCGAGAUGUAACAGCAUUAGAACUGGCUGACCCGAAAUUUUACGUUAGCCAACCAAUCGAUAUUCUUAUUGGAAUGGACAUAGGACCAUUAAUAUUUACAAUUGGAACUCCAAUGAAAACAUUUGGAUCAAUUUUAACACAAAAAACCAAAUUUGGAUGGAUAGUUGGAGGACCCAUACCAGGAAGCAUCCUUCAACGAAAACAAAUAUCACUUCUAAACACAACUUCAAUAGAGAAAGUACUUACACGUUUUUGGGAGGUGGAAGAGACCCCUAAAAAAGUUUUACGGUCAGAAGAAGACCAAUUUUGUGAACAAAAUUUCAUUGAAACAACAAUACGGAACAAGGAUGGAAGAUAUGUGGUGACUCUCCCAUUCAAAAAAUGCGAGGAAUUGGGGAAUUCCAGAAACAUCUCCCUAGCUCAAUUCUACAGAAUGGAGAAAAAACUUAUGAAAACACCAGAGAUCAAAGAACAAUAUGAUGCUUCAAUACUUGAAUACUUAGAACUCGGUCAUAUGAGGAAAGUCAAUCCGAAUGAAAUAGAUAAAAUGCCAAAUUAUUAUCUACCACAUCACGCUGUGAUAAAACCCGAUCGACUCACAACGAAGUUAAGAGUCGUAUUUAAUGCUUCUUGUCCUACAUCAAACAAAACAAGUCUCAAUGACAUCCUAUAUCCUGGACCCAUUCUUCAACAGGAUUUAGUAUUGCAAAUUUUAAAAUGGAGAUUUUUCAAGUAUGCCUUCAAUGCAGAUAUAACAAAGAUGUAUCGCCAAAUACUUUUGGAUCCAAAUCAAACAAAAUAUCAAAGAAUUCUCUUUAGAAAGUCUCCGGAAAACCCAGUAGAGGAUUAUGAGCUGCUGACAGUUACAUUUGGAGUUAACUGCGCACCAUAUUUAGCAUUGAGAACUCUUCUUAAACUAGCAGAAGAUGUCAAAGAAUCAUACCCUAGAGCCGCAAAUAUAAUUUUGAAUAAUUUGUAUGUUGAUGAUGUAUUAGCUGGCGGCCACACUGAAGAUGAAUCAAUAAAAGCUCGAAAGGAAUUAACUGCUGCUUUAGACUCUGCUGGUUUUACACUAAUGAAAUGGGCAUCAAAUGAUCGCAAAAUAAUACAAGAUAUUCCACAUGAACAUUUGCUACCACUCAAUUGGCUAGACAUUUCCGAAGAUGCUUCAACUAAGACCCUUGGAAUUCGAUGGAAUAUCUCAGGCGAUUAUUUUUCGUUUACACCGCCCUCAAUGGAAAAUAAAAAUGUAUCUUCAAAACGAGAAGUUUUAUCAACGAUAGCCAAAUUGUUUGACCCAUGUGGAUGGCUGGCACCGGUGGUCGUCGUAGCUAAGUUAAUAAUGCAACAAAUCUGGCUAGACAAAAUUGACUGGGAUGAUCAAUUGAAGCCAAUAACUCAGAUGAACUGGAACAAUUUCGUCAAAAAUAGCAAAGAUAUUGAAUAUCUGAGAGUUCCUCGAUGGAUUCAAUACACGCUAGAUGGUUCUGUAGAGAUUCAUGGAUUUUGUGACGCAUCAGAAAGCGCAUAUGGAGCCACUCUUUAUAUUCGGGUGGAAAAUACUGACCAUACCACACAUACAUUUUUGCUAGCAGCAAAGACUCGUGUCGCUCCAAUUAAAAAAUUAUCAAUACCCAGACUCGAGUUAUGCGGGGCAGUAUUACUUUCAAAAUUAGCAAAAUCCAUUGUAAAUAGUCUACAAAUAUCAAAAUAUUCGACACAAUUUUGGACCGAUUCUACCAUCGUCUUAGCAUGGUUAAAAAAGCCUCCUUGUCAUUGGAGCACAUUUGUUGGAAAUAGAGUCUCGGAAAUUGCUGAUAAUGUUGGACAAGAAAAUUGGAGACAUGUUGAUUCGGAAAAUAAUCCAGCUGAUAUUGCGAGCCGUUUGAUGUGACGAUGCAAAUUGGAGAAUAGUUAGUUCUCACCGAAUUUUAAACGCGAUCGCAAGUCUCAAGUUUUCCCCCCCGAGUGACAAGUGACAGUGAACAAAUAAACGCUAAUAACAAUUUUUACAAAACACAGUGAAC